UGGAAGGAUGACCCUAUAAUAUCCUGCAGUGAUUUCUAACAGUUGUAGAUUCAUCACAUGACGUCGUGGUCGGUCAGCGGCAUCUUGUCCACGCCCAGGGCACGUGCUGAUGAGCAGCGAGCCAGUCCUGGGCGAGGAAGGAAAACAGCUGACGGGGAACAACAACACAGAGUCGCCUUCUCCUGCAGGUGGUGGUGUACCGUGGACAAACUCUUUUCACACUUGGCCUGUUCGGGCUGCCGCCUGGCAUCCUGGUCGUUAUGUGGGUCUGAUACAUUUCUGAAGCAUCUAAAAGAGGGUUUGAUGCGAGCUCUGCGUUGAGGAGGAGGUGGAGGAGGACACACGGAGCUCGCCAUCCAUCCUCCCUCCCAAAAAAGAGCAGCAGCCGCCGCACAAUGGCACCGUCCCUCAUCCGAGCUUGCCGCAGUCUGGCUCUCUCGACGUGGCUGGUGUCGUUUUGCUUCGUCCACUUGCUGUGCCUGGACUUCACGGUUGCAGAGAAGGAGGAGUGGUACACAGCUUUCGUUAACAUCACCUACCUGGACCCCGUCACGUCGCAGGUGAGGACGGAGAAAACCGAGUGCGGUCGGUAUGGCGAGCACUCCCCUAAGAAAGAAGCUAGAGGUCUGGUCCUGGUGCCGGCCCUCCUGCAGGACAGACAGGGGUGCGACCGAAACAUCAGGUUCCCUCCUGCCCCUCCAAACACCCCUUGGGUGGCGUUGGUAGCUGCGGGGAAUUGCACUUACCGGGAGAAAAUCCGUAAUGUCGCAAACCACAACGCCUCUGCAGUUGUCAUAUACAACGUGGGCUCCACUAGCGCCAAUGACACCAUAACAAUGUCCCACUCAGACACAGGCGAUGUUGUGGCCAUCAUGAUCCCGGAGCGUAAAGGCCGUGAAAUCGUGGCCUUGCUCGAGCAGCGCAUCGCGAUCAUGCUGCAGAUCACUAUAGGAACCCGCAACCUGCAGAAGUACGUGAGCAGAACGUCCGUGGUGUUUGUGUCCAUCUCCUUCAUCGUCCUCAUGAUCAUCUCCCUCGCCUGGCUCGUCUUCUACUACAUCCAGAGGUUCCGCUACGCUAACGCACGAGAUCGCAACCAGAGGCGUUUGGGAGAUGCUGCCAAAAAAGCCAUGAGUAAACUUCAGCUACGCACUAUCAAAAGAGGAGACAAGGAAACAGAGUCGGACUUUGACAACUGUGCAGUUUGUAUUGAAGGUUAUAAGCCUAAUGAUGUUGUAAGGAUAUUACCAUGCAGACAUUUCUUCCAUAAGCACUGUGUAGACCCGUGGCUCCAAGACCACCGAACGUGUCCCAUGUGCAAAAUGAACAUCCUCAAAGCCCUGGGAAUCCCAUUUAGCGCGGACUGCUCGGAUGAGGUUCCUCCAGACUACGAGAUGUCUGUCGGAGGUCCACCUACCAACCCCAUUAGUGGAGCGAGCGAAAUCACAGUGAACGAGAGCUCGGUAGUGUUGGAUCCAGCAGAAAGAGGAAUAGACCUGUCGGCACUCCAUCCUGAGACAGAGUCAGCGCUUCAGGCGGGGGAGAGCCGUAUCUUUGCCAGCAGUGAGCACCAGCCUCCACUCAGCAGUGAUUCAGACACUUCAAUCAUCGUGGGCAUUGAGGUAGGCAUGUCUGAAUUAGACCUAUCCACUGAGCAGGAAUGUGAUGACACCAAGUCCAGAGCCAAUCAGAGCUGAGACAAAUAGCACAAAACUCAUAGGACAAGGAGGAAAAAAGCAGGACUGGGUGAUCAGGGUGCUCCCCAAGAUUAUCCAGUGAUGAAGUGACCUGGCUGAAGAUGAAUGUAAAUGAGCAAUACAAGUGAUAGCAGCACAAAAUACCUGGUUCUUUCUUCACUUGACUAAAAAAACGGAUUAAUCCCUGUAUCUAUGGAUAUUUAGCUCGCUCAUUUCCUGAUGCCAGGAUGGCUAGUCACACCCCUCACCAUGUGGUGACCAACAGUUUGUACAUUCAGUCUUUUCACAUCCUGAAACCAUCCAAACUACACAUACAGUAACUCUGGAGGUGUAUGAGCCCUUCACAGUUGUUUGUCCCGAGUGAGACAAACCAAACCUGCUGCCGAAGAAAAAGCAAGGCCUUCUGCACACCAUUUUCCAGCUUUAAUCAAUAGAAAAAUACGAGUGGAUUCUUUGACUUCCUGGUACAAGAUCACUGCCAACAAAUCCAGAAGUUGUACUGAUAUGGCGUGCACCUGCAUAGCGCAUUAGGAGAGCACCUGAGUGGUUUUCUUCUGAUUCUCCAACAGUUGGUGUGACUUUCCACCAGCAGUUCUUCAGCUUCAGACUUGAAUGUUAGCUCUGUUGUCGUCGCAUGACAUUAAGAAUAUGAAGGCACACAAGCUGUAAUUUCAGAAUUUCUCAGUGUAAUUGUUUUUGUUACUAUUUUGUGGUUCUCAGUUUUUAAAACUUUGACUUUACCAACUAAAUAUUCCUGUCAUGGAGAGACAAAUGAGCAAACACAAGCUAGAUGUUUCUGUCCUCACAUCUGACAAUCAUAGCUUGUCCUAAGCGGUUUGAAGUGAUGUCACUCUCUGCCCUGCUGAAACUGCUGCCUGCUGAAACUUCACAACAUGUGAAGUAAGGGAUCAUGUUCUCACUGCUGCUAAACACAGCUGUAGCUGUAGCUAUAGCAGUUGUCACUACCAAUUUCUCCCACUGUGCACACUUCCCUAUACAAGCCUACGCAAACCAGCCAAUAUAAAUACGUCAACAAGUCUUUGUGCCAAGCUUGUCUUUUGCAUAUUAGCCAUUGUUAUUUGUCAUUAAAGUUAAUUGCCUUGGCUGACAGGCUGGAACUACACUAAAUCUUUUCGUGAUUACCACCCUAAUAAAUAACAUCAGGGCAAUAAGUUAUGUCAGUUGAAAAGACUGUGUUAGAUAAUAAAGGAGGCAGGGCUCGGGUUCAUUCAAGGAAUUCUCUGCCCCAAGCAUUUUUUUUUCUUUGUCCUGGCAUGAACAGUUACCAGCAUGGAAACAUUUACAGUCUUGGAGUGAGUUUACACUAAACUGGCUAGUUUUGCCAAACAGCAUCGAUGUACCGUACCCACAGGGUUUUUAGCAUGGAUCUGCAAAAAAGUGGAAAGAAAUUAACAGCAUUUGGAAAUGUUAAAAAUAAGACAGCUAACUUACUACAGUUUGGAAGCACAUGUACAAAAAUGGUUCUGAAUUUAAUAUAACUAAAUAUUUUCAUUGAGAAGGCAUGUGACAACUUAUGGUAAAACAUAGCUUCAGUGCUUUAGCCCAUGAAAACGUACAAAAAUAUAGCAACUAUAACAGAUUCUUUUAUAUUAUUAACAAAUGUGCUGUUAUAGUGAAGACCCUAAACUCUUCAGUGUUUUGAAACUUUACAAUGAGUUUCAGCCACAGUCUGUAUAUAAAAAAUGGACAAACCUCCCCAUUUGUGUAAGUGAAGACAGUGCCUUAAACCUGCAUUCUUUCUAAUGGCCAGCAGGGGGCAAGGGAAAUUCUGAAUGCUUAAAAGUCUAUGAGAAAAUGAUCCCUUGAGAUUGUGUAGCAUCGUUGGGUUGCCGGUCAGCUCCUUUCCAUUUCCUUUACCUCCAUUUCUUACUUCCAGCUCGAGGCUCCAAAACAGGACUCAAACCAGCGGGUUACAUCAUAGCAGUCAUGUCCAUCAUUUAUAUACAGACUAUGGUUUGAGCUCAUUGUCUUACAGUUGAUUUGCUCUCACUGCUCUCAGAGGAUCAUUUGUUUUCAGAAAAUCUCUCCUCAGUCUAGACUACCUGCCCAGAGCCAAAAAAAUGACACAAAAGAUUAUUCUAUCGGGAUCAGAUGAAGACCAAGACUGAAGUUUAUUGUGUUCUGUUUACUUGAUUCUGCUGCCACCAAGUGGUCAAAAUUAUGAAAUUAUUAUUAUGAUUAUGAAAUAAUUAUUUUCAGCAUUUUAUCAAUAUACUUGUUUUCCUUAUCCCAAUUUCAACACUACUCUAAAAAGACUGUUUUUGAGAAAAGAAUGUAGCUAACUCAGCAUGGGCUCCAGAGUGGAAGCUGACUGUUAAUGCAAUUACAUUUAUUGUUUUGUUGUUGUUGU